GCGGGCUUGGCUGGGACUGAACUCGCUCACCAACGGCCAGGGGUGAGGAAGACCUGACGGCACGGGAGGGGACGCCCCCCCCCCUCGACAAGCCAGGCCAGGCCGAGGAGGGGGAGGGGCAGGGACUCCUUGCCCUGCGCUGUGCUUCAGGCCCGGCUGCUGCGGGCGGCGGCGGGGCGGGGGGGGGGGGGGACUGAGCACUGCAAGCUGGAGCGGACGGCUGGGAACUGCGUGGCACGCAGGGGUCCCCCCUGUGGGAUCCUGAGCAGCGCCAUGACCCCGAGGGGGUGCUGAGCCUGCCCCUGCUCCGGACGCUCGGGGCAGGCUGGGGGGACUUCCCCCUCCUCCCCUCUCCCCUCCCGGCAAUGACCUCGGCGAAGGAAGGGAAGGCGGCUCCCCCGCUGCCGCAGCCGGGCGCAGAGGAGAGACGCCGGAGCCCCCUGGACCGCCUGCCCCCGCCGGCCAACUCCAACAAGCCGCUGACCCCCUUCAGCAUCGAGGACAUCCUGAGCAAGCCGUCCGGGCGCAAACCCCCCUCGGCCCGCCUGCUGGACAAGGUUGCAGGCUCGGCUGCCGCCCCCAGGAACGGGGUGCCCGCCCCCGCCUCGCCGCUCUGCGCCCUGGAGGAGCUGGCCAGCAAGACCUUCAAAGGGCUGGAGGUGAACGUGCUUCAGGCGGCCGAAGGCCGAGACCCCCUGGGCGCCUUCGGGCCCCGGCAGCCGUCCAAGAAGCGUCGGAAGUCGCGCACGGCCUUCACCAACCACCAGAUCUACGAGCUGGAGAAGCGCUUCCUCUACCAGAAGUACCUCUCGCCGGCAGAUCGAGACCACAUCGCUGCGCAGCUGGGCCUGAGCAACGCGCAGGUCAUCACCUGGUUCCAGAACCGCCGCGCCAAGCUGAAGCGCGACCUGGAGGAGAUGAAGGCCGACGUGGAGUCGCUCAAGAAGUUGCCUCCUGCCGCUCUGGAGAAGCUGGCCAGCAUGCCCGAGCUGGAGCCCGAGGCCCAGCCUGCCCGAGCCCGUGGGAGCAGCCUGCCCUGCGCCUCGCCCCCGUCCUCUCCCGGCGGCGCCACUGACGCCUGCUCGGAGGAGGAGGAGGAGGAGGAGAUCGACGUGGGGGACUGAGAGGCAGGCGCGGUGCGGGAGAAACUCCCGCUCCCCCGACGUCGAACCCAGAGGGGGGGAAGUGAUCCCUCGGGCCCACAGUUCUCCCGCCCCCCGCUCCCCCGAGGGAGCUUGAGGAGGACACCCCUCCCGCACAAGCCCAGAAAGGAGCAAAGAUACCCUCAUCCUGACCUUCCGCCUCCCAACCACACCCAGCCGGGCCGCACUGGGAUUCCUUGCCCCGCAUGACCCCUUCCUCUCUACAGUCCGCCCUACUCCCUUCAUCUUUUAUUUCCUCCCCCCUCCCCGCCUAGCAUGGCGUUUUUCCUCUGCCCAGUUCCCAUUCCAGCCCCCACAUGUUCCCAAAUGGCCUCCUGCCUGUCCCCCGCCCCCAGACCCCACCAUCCUCCCCACUCCCCGGGCCCUCCUCCCCAACUCGCCCUUCCCUUCUUUGGUGGGGGGCGGAGAGAGAGAACUACGAGGUUUGGUGCAAUUUUUUUUAAAGACAAAGAUUAAUUUUAUUAGUCUUUUUUCCUGUCGUUGUUUUGUCCCCGUGGUCUUGGCUGUUUGUCUCUACGUGUGUGUGUGUCUUUUUGCCUCUCCUCCUCGGGUGAGGAAGGAUGCGAGAGUCCGGGGCGGCGUGAGGACGGCUUGCCGCCCAGGACAUCUGUGGGAGAGGCGGCGGCGGCGGAGGAGGAGGAGGAGACGGGGUGUUUGGGAGCAGGCAGCCUUACCCUAGGGGUAGGGCGUCGGUGCGGGGCGCCGCGUAUCCAAAGCGCCACAUUCCAAAGAGGAGCCCGAGUGACUAUUCACGCGAGGCAGGAGCUGCGCGCCCUACUUGCGCUGCCCUGCUGGUCUGCGCUCCGGGCAACGGCGCCUUCGCCUUCCACCGAGACGCAGCUCUUGGCUCUGGGGAAGAAGAAGAAGCAGCAGCAGCAGCAGCGGGGGCUGAUUUGCUCCCCGAAUCUGGCGGGAGCUCCCUCAGUCCUCCUCGCCUCCCCUCUCCCUUGUGGAGCAGGCCCCCCUCUUUUCUCGGUCGUGUGUGCGUGUAUAUAUUUUGAAUAAAAGGACACACUUGA